AUGCCAAAAGACAAAAAUACUCCUGAAAUAAAAAGAACUAAGGCUUCUCUUACUUGUAUUCAGAAAAAGGAAAUUUGCUUAAAAAGUUUACAAAAGCCAAAACCUAAAAAUAAAGAACUUGCUAAAGAAUAUGAUCUUGAAUAUUACCUAAAACAUAAAGAAUCAGCAAGUGCUUCUUUAGAAGCUUUGGAUGAUAUAUGUAAAAAUCUUCAAAGUAUUCUUGUAGGUUAUUCACCAGAUGAUAUUUUUAAUACAAAUGAAACUGGACUUUACUGGAAAUGA